CGUCCGUCACCGUCACCGUCAAUGGUCCUACCCGCUACGUGCACUUUGUAAUUUUCACCUAAUUCUAUGUGUGAUUAUCAGAAGACUUAGUUUGAUUACCACAUAUUUUCACAAGGUUACUGAAGCCUGUUUGGGUUGCUAUGUGAGGUUUGUUAUACCUACAAGCAAAAGCAAACAAAAUUUUCAGUAAGACAUUUUGAUAACCACUGCUGUAUUGGUUGUAAAGUCACAAAGUAUUUGCAAACAUGCAGACAAUCAAAUGUGUUGUGGUGGGGGAUGGAGCUGUGGGUAAAACGUGCCUGCUCAUCAGCUACACAACCAACAAAUUCCCGUCAGAAUAUGUGCCGACCGUAUUUGACAACUAUGCCGUGACAGUUAUGAUCGGUGGAGAGCCAUACACACUGGGCCUCUUUGAUACUGCUGGUCAGGAGGACUAUGAUAGACUGAGGCCCUUGAGUUAUCCACAAACGGAUGUUUUCCUUGUUUGCUUCAGUGUAGUCAGUCCCAGUUCAUUUGAAAAUGUUAAGGAAAAAUGGGUACCAGAAAUUACACAUCAUCAACAGAAGACUCCGUUCCUACUGGUGGGCACGCAAAUCGACUUGCGAGACGAUCCCGCCACGCUCGAGAAGCUGGCAAAGAUCAAACAGAAACCAGUUUCACUUGAACAAGGCGAGAAACUCGCGAAGGAACUGAAGGCUGUCAAAUACGUCGAGUGUUCAGCCCUCACACAGAAAGGGCUGAAGAAUGUAUUUGAUGAGGCGAUCCUGGCGGCGUUGGAACCCCCGGAGCCAGUAAAGAGAAGGAAAUGCGUCCUGCUGUAAUGCGCGCGAGUGGAGCCCCGCGACCCCGCCGCCCACCCCGCGCCGGGCGCCACGCCCCCUACAUACUGUAAUAUCCAUCUUUUAUAAAAAACAACUUUUUGCUAUCACUAAUCGUUUACUUGAGUGUAGCCAGAACAUGACGCGCUCGUGUACUGCAGCCGCGCCGACAGUAGUGUUUUCUACCAACGAACGUCAAAUGUUUAUCAUGAAAUGUUAUGCCAUAUUUAAAAUACACGACAUAAAUGGAUCUAUGCGCUAUGGCAAUUUAUAGUCUUGUUCAGGCCUGCACAGUUUCCCAAUUAAUAACGUUACAAAUAUAUUAAAGGCGAUUUUAUACCAUGUCAUUUGUCUUUUAUAGAAAUUAAUUUUAAUUUAUAAUGAAUAUUAAGUCAUUUGUACCUAUUACUAUAUGCAUUAUAUUUAAUAAUAAUAACCAUUUCUAAUAAUGGUUCCUGUUGAGUAAAUUCUCUUUCGACCAUAGUAUAAUGAAUAUAACUUUGCUACAGGCUAUGAGACGCCUGCGCAGUUCUUGCUGGAUCAAUGACGCGACUUGAUGCACAAUGUUUGCUAAGCACAGUGUAAAACUGCAUUUUUAUAAGUAUUACUCGAUAAAAUUAAAAUGUAACAAACAUCAUUGUAAUGUAAUGAUAGCGUCUGUCUCAAUCGACAGCCGUCCAUUUAUAUCUAUUAUUUCAGUGUAUACUUAUUUUAAUCAUUUAGUCAUUUGACCUAAUUAAAGUAUAUUUAAUGUUAAGUAAUUUGCUACUGAACACCAAUUGAUAAUAUUAUACGUAAAUUACAUUUUUAUUCUUUUACUAAUACUUGUCAAAUCGACCAUGAGGUAGAGUUGAUUUGAUUAUUGUGGUGUCCGUGGAAAUGGUAUGACUUCAAUGAGAUUUAGCUAUUGCUACAUUAUACCUACGGAUCGCAAUGUGAUUAUCAACUGAAAUAAAAUAAUGCUCAUUCCAAGCAGUG